AUGCGGUUACUGAAAGCCACUUGGAGAGAGAGCGUGACCGAGCUCCGUCAGUGGGCUCCAACGGCAAGCUCUAGACUGCCCUCAUCAUGUCCGACAUUCAUUCACGGCCUUGGCGAUAUCGUCUCGCCCACGGAACAGCGUACGCAAUACGGCGCCAUCUAUGAUGAUCAUUCGCCACAACGCAGCAGCACAGGACUGUCACCUCAAGUGACAUUCAGCUUGGAAUAUGCGAUCAAAUCCAAUGACAUCGAAGGUCACGAAACCGUGCGGGUAAAGGAAGAGGAUAUGCCUGUGUUCUCAUAUUUCAUUGACCAAUGCGGACCAUGGCUAGACAUAGUGUCUCCUGAUCGACGCAUCGCGCAGAGCGUUUCCAGACUCGCCCUGAAGUGCUCCGUAUUGUACUAUGCCUGCCUCGCGUACGCUGCGCGAAUCCUUCACCUUCAUGGACGUAUGGACCUUGACCGUAGCGAGAGCUACCAAUCUCAAGCGAUCCGACACCUGAUACCCUCAUUGGACCCGUCAAAGUCAUCUACCGCAGAAAUCCUGCUACCGACAACAGUGAUCCUCCGUAUGGCAGAACAGUUCUUGGAGCUUGCUGAUGACCCUCAAUGUCAUAUGCAGGGUGCUUACUCCGUUUUCUCAGCAGCCAACUCCUCAUAUUCCCCAUCAAGGAUAGACGUCCAAGGAGUAUCAUUCUGGAUCGGUGUCCGGGAAUGUCUCCGCAUUUGUUUCCUCUAUGAGCGUGAAUGUCAAUUUGAUAUUGAGAUAGUGGACACCAGCGACCUCCUCGGGCAGGCCAGCGACGAAGUUUGGACGAACAGAAUGACUUAUCACCUUGCACGGCUUUGUAACAUCUGCUGGGGAGCCGCAAACAAGCCCAGAUUCGAACAUGAACUUGAGACGAUAGCAGCAGACAUCGAUCGCUGGCGUCAACACCUCCCCGACGGUUUCAAACCAUGGUACUAUCAGGAUAAUGUUUCCGACAUCUUCCCAAUCAUCAAAUACUAUUCCACAUGGCAUGCCAUUGGAUGGCAGCAGUAUUACGCUGCCAGGACCAUGAUUGGCGUUUACCGCACCAAGCAAAGUUUGGGGGAUAACUCAGGAACUAUCCAGGAGUUUGUGAAUAGCAAAACUCUUCUGGUCGCGAGACUGUGUUGUGCGGUGGUAUUCUCUUGUGACGAAAUUGGCACAGGCAUCAAUGGCUCACACCUAGCGUGCUGGACUGGUCGAUUAUUCACCGGCCGUCGUGAGCAGCAGAUCAUUUCGGAGUGGCUUAGCGAGUUUAUGCGGAGAACCAAAUGGCCAAACCAAACUUGCUUGGAACGUCUUGCGCACGACUGGGGGAUAUCGACCAAGAAAACAAUAGGUCCUCAGUCGCCGCCGUACGUUUAA